UCUGCUGCUGCCGCCGCCGCUUUGGCCAUUUUGCUCUGGAGGAAGCAAUGAGGAGGUAGCGGCUGGGAGAGCCGGCAGCGGGGGCGGCGGCGGCCCCGGAUCCUCUGCAGCAGAGCGCUGGCUGGCUGCGUCUUCCCCCCUUUGCAAGCAUUGGAGCGGUUUCUUUGCAAGGGGCUUUUGGGGGGGCUGGGCAGAAGGAGGGGACCAGCACCCCAAACCCCUGGCAACUCCCUCCUCCCAGUCCUGCAGUGCCAGCCCCCUCGCCCGCCCCUCGCCGGAUCUCCUGGCACCAUGAGCUGGGGGGCAGAGCUGUGGGAUCAGUUUGACAACCUUGAAAAACACACACAGUGGGGCAUUGACGUUUUGGAGAAAUACAUCAAGUUUGUGAAAGAGAGAACGGAGAUAGAAAUCAACUAUGCCAAGCAACUUAGGAAUCUUUCGAAGAAAUAUCAGCCCAAAAAGAACUCCAAAGAAGAGGAUGAAUACAAGUAUUCAUCGUGUAAAGCCUUCUUAGCCACUUUGAAUGAAAUGAACGAUUAUGCCGGACAGCAUGAAGUCGUUUCGGAGAACAUGACCUCACAGAUCACCACGGAGUUAGCCCGUUACGUGCAAGAACUGAAGCAAGAGAGGAAACUGCAUUUUCACGAUGGCCGAAAAGCACAACAGCAUAUCGAAACGUGCUGGAAACAGCUUGAAUCGAGUAAAAGGCGUUUUGAACGGGAUUGCAAGGAAGCCGACCGAGCACAGCAGUAUUUCGAAAAGAUGGAUGCAGACAUCAAUGUAACAAAAGCGGACGUCGAAAAGGCACGGCAGCAGGCGCAGCUCCGCCAACAGAUGGCUGAAGACAGCAAAGCGGAAUAUUCGUCCAUGCUACAGAAAUUCAACCACGAACAACACGAACAUUAUCACACGCACAUACCAAACAUAUUCCAGAAAAUACAAGAGAUGGAAGAGAAGAGGAUAGUCAGGGUCGGUGAAUCCAUGAAAAGCUUUGCAGAGGUGGACCGGCAAGUCGUCCCCAUCAUCGGGAAGUGUCUGGAUGAGAUCACCAGGGCGGCUGAAUCCAUCAAUCAGAAGGCCGAUUCACAGUUGGUCAUAGAAGCCUUUAAGUCUGGCUUUGAGCCUCCUGGUGAUGUUGACUUCGAAGACUUCACCCAGCCAAUUAAGCGCACCGUCUCAGAAUCUAGCCUUUCAAAUUCCAAAGACGGAAAAUCGGAAUCCAGGUUCUCCACCAAGUCCAGGAGCAAGUUGGCUGGCCCGUUCAUGUCCAAAAGGAAGCUUAUGUCCCUUUUAACAUCCCCCCAUCAGCCCCCUCCUCCACCCCCUUUCUCUGGCUCACCCUCUGCUGUUCCCAACGGCCCCCAGUCUCCCAAGCAGCAAAAGGAACCCCUCUCCCAUCGCUUCAACGAGUUUAUGACCUCCAAACCCAAAAUCCACUGCUUCAGGAGCCUAAAACGCGGGCAACAGUCUCAAUCAUUGUAUUUUCACAAAGAACUCAUGAAGAGGACUUUAGGCAAGCCCACGUAUGCCCUUGAGGCUAGGGAAUAUGUUCUUUCUCUCAAGCUGGGUGCAGGACCUGAAGAUUUCAGCAAUCUUCCCCCAGAGCAAAGAAGGAAAAAACUCCAGCAAAAGGUGGAUGAGCUCAACAAGGAUAUUCAGAAGGAGCUGGAUCAAAGAGAUGCCUUAACAAAAAUGAAGGACGUCUACAUCAAGAACCCGCAGAUGGGAGAUGCUGCCAGCGUGGACCACAAGCUCGCUGAACUUGGGCAGAACUUGGAAAAGCUGCGAUUGGAGGCCCAGAAGUUUGAGGGUUGGCUAGCGGAGGUGGAAGGCCGGCUGCCGGCGCGGACUGAGCAAACUCGGCGUCAGAGCGAAAUGUAUGAACCUCAGAACACCUUGACAGUCAACAACUGUGCCCAAGAUCGUGAGAGCAGCCCAGAUGGCAGUUACACAGAGGAGCCGAGCCAGGAGAAUGAGGUGAAGGUGCCGGCCACAGACUUCGACGACGAGUUCGACGACGAGGAGCCGCUGCCCACCAUUGGCACCUGCAAAGCUCUGUACACCUUUGAAGGCCAGAACGAAGGGACGAUCUCCGUCACUGAAGGAGAAAUGCUGUUUGUCAUAGAGGAGGACAAAGGCGACGGCUGGACGCGAAUCCGGCGGAACGAGGAUGAGGAAGGUUACGUCCCCACCUCCUACGUAGAAGUCUUUUUGGAGAAGAAUGCCAAAGGUGCCAUGACUUACAUUUAAACCGCCACCCCCACUCACACGCACCCUGUCCCUGCUGCUUUCUUGCUUCCGCAGCGAGGCGCUGUGGAAAUUUUUCUCUGCCUUACGAAUGACGCCUUUUCCAAAGUACUUGCAGAGGGCCAGGAAGUAUGCUUCCUCCUCUCCUUAAUGCGGUGAUUUCGUGUUUCUUUUUAAGUGCUCCAAAAGCUCGGGCAGCUAGGGAAAUGUGGGGCAGGGAAAUGAAACCUGGCAAAGCAAUGGUGACUGAGAGUUAGGAGGGUUGAAGGAUCCUCCCAAACCCCCUCUUGCUUUCCUGCUAGCCGGACAGGGAGAGAAAGAGAGAAACGCCCUUUUCUGUUUCUUCCUUUGUUUUUGUUUUUGUGUCAUCGAAAUUCAAAUUCAGAACCCAAGGCAAGUUUUGCUGAAUACUUCCUCCUCUUGUGCUUUCUGCCGAUAGGAAGGUUGGAUGUUCUUUUCCCCAUAGCAGCCGUAGGGAAUCUUGGAUUUUGCAGAGGCCGUUGGUCAAAGGAGGCUUCCAUGAGCCUGAAUUUCUUGUUUGUGGUCACAGUCUCUGGACUGCAGUAUUUGGUUUCCAACUGAGAAUUCAGCCUUCCCAGAAUCUCACUUUUUCUAAGCACAGAUUUUUAUCCCUUAUUGAUGCCCUUUGAAAAGGAGAGGGGGAAAUUUCAGAAGCCGGAUGCUGAAGUUAGAUCCUGCCCUACAUGACCCUUUCUGAGUGGCUAGUGGGAUGAAUGGUGGAAGAUACUUGCAUGACUCGUUCAGAGCACAAAAACAUGCUACCCCCUUCCUGUUUUCUGAAAAAUACAGUCUCUGGAAGUCUGCCCGACCACGUGGGUCACCUUUUGCUCUUGGGAAUACUCCUCAUCCUACUACGAACAGCAUUCGCAGCAAGCAAGGUCGUGAAGUCCCCCAUCGCUGCCUUGAGCUAUUCGUCCCUGCACAAUUGUCAUUGUCAAAAUGGAUUUUUGUUGGCCUUUUAUAUUCCUCCAUGCUGGGGAAGGGGUCAAGUGGGGCCUCUCUGAGUGGCAGCGUGGAAUCCGUGGGUGGGGGGAUCAUCCAGGAGACGGCCGUGGUGGGUGAGCUUCCCUGGAAGAUGCUGUGGCCCCCGCUCUGUUGGGCAUCUUCUCAAUUGAGGUGAGGCAAGAGUGAAGCCCAGGAAGGCUCCUCAGGUGUUUCAUGGCAGAUAUUCAGGGUGUCCUCAGCUGACAAGUCAGGGCCAGAAGGCAGUAAAGGCUGAGGGGGAAACGCUUUUGGUGCAAAGGGGGGCUUUUUGGAGAAGAGGAGGGUGUAACAUCCUGGAGCCUUUCCCAAACCCCCUCGACUUCCAUGUUGGUUCACUUGCAUUUGCAGCCCUGAUGGUCUGCUACGUUGCGUGGUGCAUUAUUCUGGUGUGGUCUCAGAGGUGUCUUUGAGCCACCAGUUCUCGUUGGCUCUGUGCUAAUGCAGCCGUCUUCAGGCCGAGGGCUCCAAUUUGACCAAAGAAAAGGAAGGAAGGAGCUGGCACAAGUGCGUCUUCAAAAAGGGUGUGGAGCCAGAGGGCAUGGACAAAUAGCACCCACGCCAAGUGGCAGAGAUGGGAAGCUGGCCCUGUGGAGAAGGAACCCAGAUGUAUAAAGGUGAUGUGCUGUCUAUGGCCAUCAUGGCACAAUAUGCCUGGCACAUGUCAGGUCAUGGAUGCGCAACUGGACACGACAUCAGAUGGACCUCCGAGGGGAACUCACCUGGAAAAGCACUUAUUUGUUCUGUGCUGUGAGGGGGAAGAAGGGCUUUCUGUCCCCCCCCCCCAUUUUCAUCAGCUUUUGCCCCAUUUCUCUGCUCUUUGUGCACUAGUAAGGGAGGGAAACGGGAAGCUCCACCCCCCCAGCAGCUCCGAGGGAGCGAGUGCUUUCGAAGGCGAGUUCUCUUAAUGUACAUUUGACUGUGUGUUCAGUCACACACCCAAGACGAGCCACGUGGUGGGCAUCUCUAGUUGUUCAGCUGUAUCCCAAGGUCAUUGCCUGUCCCCACCUCACUGGCUGCCACUUCCAGAGGAUGGCAAUUUUUUGAGUCCAGGCAGGGCCCUCCCUGGAGGAGGCGGGGGAGGGCGGUUUUCAUGGCAGCCGCACAUCCCCAGUAAACGCUGACUUGGCUCAAAGCUCUGGUCUUGUCCCAAACUGAGCCCUUUUACCUUUUCCCCUCCCCUUUUUCUUAUGUGGUUAGUACUGCCCAAUACGAGCGCUGAAUGUGCUCACGUGCAUUCGUGUGGAAACAUUUCUAUCCUGCCCUCUUUGGUUAAAAGCCGGGCAACAUCUGCCUGAACAGUAUAGGCAGAAGGAAUAUUUGUGGUCACAGUCUACAGCAGCGGUCUUCAAACUAUGGCCCUCCAGAUGCUCAUGGACUACAAUUCCCAUCAGCCCCUGCCAGCAUGGCCAAGUGGUAGGGCUCAUGGAAAUUGUAGUCUAUGAACAUCUGGGGGGCCAUAGUUUGAAGACCCCUGGUCUACAGUGUGGUGCAGCUCAGUGGCCUGCAAAGACAUUUCAGCAAAAAGCAGGGAAACUUGCUUGUGAAAGUGCUGGAGCCCCAGUCAAGGAAGAGAGCAUCCUGUCUCAGGGGAAGAAGACCCCCUAUCCGCCCGAAGAAAGAGACUCAGCUGGAGGAACAGAUCUGCAAUAAUGUACUGAGGGUCUCAGCUAAGACGCAGCAGGCUCCACCGGUGUCAGCAGAAGGCAGUGAAUGUCCAGUUGAAUUUUCCAGCACAGUCAGAGUCAGGAAGGAACCCGUGUAUUGUUCUUCCCCUCCCCCUCUGCCGCCACCGUGAAGCAUGGUAGCCUGUGCAAUAGUCCAUCGUGUGCCAUAAGCACAUGGCUUGAGGUAGCUCAGACAGUUGAGCCAAGCCGCAAACAUCCCAGGCGUCUGUUCAGAGCGAUUGUGUCUCUGAUCCCCAACUAUAUCUUUGCGUUGACGCACGUAAACUGAGGGUGCUUUGGGGCUUAGGCAUUUGGAGGAAAGGGGAGGAUCCACGCAGUCUCGUGGUCCUUUUGAUUUGUAAGUCCCCCUGGCAAUCAAAACAAACAACAAGGUGCUAGUUGACAUUUUCAGUGGUCCACAUGUUUGUGGCCUAAAGGAGGAGGGGUGGGGGGGAGAGAGCAAACUUUCCUGCCCAUUUGCCUGCAAGCCGAUCCAUGCCUGGUUUCUGCCAAGUGUCAAGCUCACACCUUCAAGGAAUAAACGGACUCCGGAUUCUUGAUCAGAAGUGUUUACUGAAAGGCAGCAAAGCACCCAGCUUGAGGAAGCCAGCUCUGCCAGACCUGGCUUCGUUGGCCUCCUUUAUCCUCCCUCCCGUUUUCCCAGAGAAUGUGUGAAAAGAGCUAUUUUGGAGCGUAGGCUCCCCAAGGUCGGUGCUAGGGAGAGAUGCAGCCACCUGGCACAUGUCUAACCCCAGGAGACAACAAACAGGGCCAGCCUAGUUCUCUACAUGUUAAGCCAUAAAGAUCAAUAGAAGCGAAAGUAAAGUCCUUUACACAAAGCAGGCGGGUUACAUAUGAGCACUUUCACACAUGCAGAAUAAUGCACUUUCAAUCCACUUCCUCAAUUCUUUGCAAGUGAAUUUUGCUGUUUCACACAGUAAAAUGCAGUUGCAAAGUGGAUUGAAAGUGCCUUAUUCUGCAUGUGCGAAAGUGCCCAAUAUCUUGCAACAAUUACACUGAAGUGAAAGUACCCAGAUACUAUCUCUGCCAAUGUAAAUUGUCACAAACAGCAAGAAGCUAGGAAAGCCCCUCAGUCACCAGGGGCUUUUCCUGACACCAGGCCCAUCUUGUGUGCUUAAAACGCCUUGCUCGGGGUCUCGAGGCUGAGUGUGAGACUGAUUUAGAUCGAUAAUCAAAACCCAUCCCUUCCUUGGAAGACUUUUUAUCCUCUUCCCCCAAAAUACGACCUCAGCAUCCUCUUGAGAAACAAAUGUGGUCUGAGCAGAACUAUUUAGGGCAGAAGGAUCCGGCAAGGAGGCUUCAUCCCUCCGUCCGGGAACUCACCAUUGCCUUGUAAGGUUUGGUGUGCCUGUGGGGGGAGAGGGGGGGGUCGCAGGGGAGGCCGUCAGGAGACUGCAGGGAGACGCUUAACCCUUCCCCACCCCUCAGCUGUUUCCCCUUGAGCGGUACUCAAAGCCUGAAAAUAAGAAGGGGGGGGUGAUGGGAUGUUCAGCACCUUCUCCCCCCUCUCCAGUUCUUCCUCCACAUUCGUCUUGCAAGACAGAGAUAGGUUUUGGAAUGUUCUUUUGCAAAAAUGGCCUGCAUUCUCUUGAAAGACGUGGGAUUUCAUCCUAGAAGAAACAUAGUGGAGCACUGGUUUCUGCAGGGACGUUCUUCCCCUCCCCUUCUCAGAAUGAAAUCCCUCUUCCCCCCUCCCCAUGAUUUUGGCUUGUGGGAGCUGGCAGGCCAGUGAGCCAUUCUCUGGAGAGGAAGCCCGGCCAAUGCACUUUUCAGUCUAGGACAGUGGUGGCGAACCUUUGGCACUCCAGAUGUUAUGGACUACAAUUGGCCAUGCUGGCAGGGACUGAUGGGAAUUGUAGUCCAUAACAUCUGGAGUGCCAAAGGUUCGCACCACGGGUCUAGGAUCUACAAUGUGAAUAUUUUAACACUUGCCAAAUUUUCUUUCUUUUUUUAGGUGUUGUAUAUAGUAUUAUUGAUGGCUAUUAUUUAAGGAAAAAGAUCUUGGUUAAUUGGUUAUCCAUAGUUUUCUUUCUGGAAAUAAAAAAUAUUUGUAUAUAAUUUAACUUAAAACUAAAAGGUGGCUUGAACUGUUUCCCUUGUUUUUGAAUGAGAGGGGUUUUUUUUGGGGGGGGGGUGCCUUUUUGAUAUCAAUAUGUAUCGAUCUGUUUUUUGUCUUUCCUUGCUAACCCGAUCUUUUGUUUUGUUUCGUCUAUCAAGUCAUGUGCAAACUCUGGUUUUGUCAUUUAAAUUCUUUCGUUUUUUUCCCCUGUGUGUUUCUCAUUUUGCCUGCUUCAGAGUCAACUUUAUAGGAAAUUCCACAUUCAGUGCUGAGAUUCCUAAGAGCGUUGGUUGCUGGCGCAAGAGCCUUCAGGCGAGCUUGUCACAGGAGGAGAAAAAGCACCCCAUUCACAUCGAGAUUCACAUUCAAAAUAAUAGCCCUGCCUACAUAAAGUAGACCCCCCUGCUGGAAGCAGAGUCAGCGGGGAGGGGAGAAAAGGGGACUCCGCAGGCGAAAAGCGCAGGGACCCUCCCAGAGCCCUUGGUGCCGUCCCCCCACCCAUUGCUUGCGACUGUCUCCAGCAUGCCAUCCACCGCGUUAACUUCCCUUCCUGUGCCAGUUCCAGCGGGGUCUUCUGUAGAACAUAAAAGAGAGAGAAAUUCCAGGACUGCCUCACCAAGAAUACCCUUCAAGGGAUUCGAAUUGGGUGAUGGUCAUUCCCAUUAGACAAAUGGGAAGCUGAGAUCAAGAGCUGGCGGAUUGCCACCCUGUGCCUUUAAGGCUGCAGUGAGAUUCUAAUCUGGCUACAUCUCCUGGCUAGCCCUGUUCUCUCCUUCACCCCCCCCUCCCCUCCCCAAAACUGAAUAUAGGAAGCUGCUUUCUUUGGAGUCAGACCUGUGGCCUGUUGAGCUCCGAACCGUCCACCUCAACUAGCAGUGGUUCCCCAUGGCCUUACUCAGAAGCUGCAGGAGUUCUGUUGCCUGAAUAUUCUGCAGACCAAACCUGGAGCUUUCUACAUGCAAACCACUGAAGUACGCACAUACACAAGACUGGUUCUGGAGCAUCAGUUUUGCAUGGGUGGGUAGGUUGUUGGUGGGGCUAAAGCACUUAAAAAGAGAGGCUUAUGCCACUGUUACGCCCAGAGUUAUUUUAGAACGUACAAGAGAAAGAAUUAACUUCUUGGAACACAGCCGUGCAAAUGCUUCUGCGUGAGACGCUGCUCUGAAAGAAACUGUGCAGAUCAGUGACUCCUGCAGAAGCACAGUUGGCACCCUCCCCUUUAACAUGAGGACUCUUUUUGCAUUGGAUAUGAUAGGCUCAGUCUUGAUACUGAAGUACAGCCAUGUUGGCUUGCCAGGGCGCAGCCAACUUUGGAAAGCCCUCCUACCAUGUCAUUUGACCCACGGCAAAACUAUUUCCCCCCCCCCCCCAUUGCCCUUCAACUUGCUCACCCACACCUGCCUGCUUUUGGCCACUCACCACCAUAUUUGCCACCUGCCUGCUGCAUGCUCGCCCGGUUGCCUGCGCCCACCUGCCUUUUAAGGUGCUCAAUCGAAUUGCUCUGCUGCUGUUUUUAAUUUAUUUGACUCCUUUGUCUGGUGUUUCAAGCCUUCUCUUUGCAUGCCGGCUUGCGUGUGCUUCCUUUAUUUCUGCUUUUCCCAGAACCUUGUCUUAGCAAAAUUGCUCUCUGCUUUAUUGCACCUCAACUCUUAGUCUGUCACCCGAGUCUGCUCUUUGAUUUUGUUCACAUGCCCUUGAUAAUGCAAGGAAAAGCUGCGCGGGGUGGGGGGUGGGGUGGGGGGGCUCAUCAGCAACACUUGCUUACACUGCAGGGACCGCAAACUGCAUCUGCAAAUUCUACAAACUGCAUCCCUUUGGGUGGUUCCCAAGAAGAUGGAUUGCUAAUCGGCUUAGUUGGCUUCCAACCUCCACUUUUGCCUCCAAAAUAUCUGCAGUUUCUGGAUCAAAUGGGCUUGUGACUGCUCUCUGUUCCGGCUGUAGCCAUCUGGUCUCUGCAUCAGCCCAGGACACUCAACUACCAGAUGGAAAAACUCAAGUGUGUGGCCCAAAGCUGCCAUUGGAGGUGUUGGCUUGUGGAGGUUUGGGCUAUCACAGCUGCCCCAAGACUGAAAACAAGAACUGUUACAUUACCUGGAACACAAUGCUUGAAGGCAGUUUAUGGUAAUCAAAGGUAGAGGAGGUGUUCCAUGUGGUUUUCAGCAGGUGAAAGAAAGCCCAAAGGCCGUUUCUCAACUACAACACACUGAUGGGCAAAACAGUUGGCUCUGGCCAAGGGAUGAUUUCCAGGGCCUGCACCUGACUCCACCUGAAGUCCCUUGUUGUCUAGCAAAGGCAAAAUGUGCUUCUGCUUUCCCAUUCAGUACAGGAAGGGGUGAAGGUCCUCUCUGGUGUAUGCAAAAGAGAAUUGCUCCUGUGAACUACAGGAGGGAGUAACAGCUACCAGCGGACGCAGCCAUAAAGGGAGAUAAAGCGGAGUUGCAAAGGCUGCCUUUUCCUGCAUUGCUGGCCGAGUUCAGAAGGGAGCAACAGGUGGGAUUAUGGCCAACAUUUGCCCCGGUUUAUAGCAGCACAGGUGGCCUCUUCCCAGUCCACUGCCGGUGAUGGAGUUUGCCCUGCAGAAAUAAUAAUUGUCCGGUCCCCUAGCAGUGUGUUUGGCUCUUCCCAGUUAAGAUAAAACUCUCUUCUCCUAAUGCACAAGAGGACGGGCAGAGAUUCAGCAAAUGGGCACCCGUGCAUUGCCCUGUCUGGGUGUUCAGGUGCUGCUGCUGUAGCAGGAUGAGAUCGAAACCACAGCAAAGUCAAUCUUGCGCUGCUGCAGUGAACUACGGUGCAGCCGGGCGCCUCGUCCAUUUCUGAAAUCAAGAUUUCCACUUGUCAGGGGGUCAGAUAGAUAUGCUAAGAAGCCAACAACAUCCACUCUCCAGGCAAGCCGUGGUUAGAUAACUCGACAGCAAAUAGUGCAGGAAUUGUAUUGUCGAAGGCUUUCACGGCCAGAUUCAACUGGUUCUGGUGGGUUUUCCGGGCUGUGUGGCCGUGGUCUGGUGGGUUUUGUUCCUAACGUUUCGCCUGCCACGCCACAGAUUUCCAUGCCAGUUUCCAUGCCAGCCACAGAUGCAGGUGAAACGUGAGGAACAAAACCCACCAGACCACAGCCACACAGCCUGGAAAACCCACCAGAACCAGUACAGAAAUUGUGUUGCCAAAGCAGACUUGCCGAAGGGGAGGCACACCCUCCAGUACCCUCACCUGAAGAUCGUGGGCUGAGGGUCCCUGCUGUCAGAGCAUACAGGUCUGGUGCCUGCAGGUCUGGUGCCCAUUCCCUGCUAGCACUACUAGGCUGAAAAUCCCCAGUUGGCUUGAAGGUGCUGCAGAUUCCCUUUCCUUCUCAAGAUUAGCAGACCACUGCAAGAAGGAAAGCCGCGUAUCUGAGGACCCCAACUGAUGCAAGGAAAUGCCGACAACUUUUCAGUGGCAACCUUUCUACUUCCCUUGUCUUAAGUGGCUGUUGGGACAGGACAAGGCCUGCGUUCUCCCCCUUCCUUUUAAAGUUUUUUUUUGGGGGGGGGGUCUUGGUGCCAUUGAUGUAAAAGAGAAGAACCUGCUUUUUAAUAUAUAUAUAUAUAUAUAUAAUAUAGAUAUUUAAUCUAGGUGGACAGUAUAUUAUUGUCACCCUACCAAGAACGUCUGAAUGACUGCAAGUCUGUCUGGCUCAUCUGGGAAGAGAUCGUGCGAGUCGUUUUUACCUGCCAAGACCUGCAUAGUGAAGUCUUGCUCCUUUAAGAACUUGCGGAGGAUAUUUUUUAGACUGUUUCUGCCACCAUCUAAAGUUAAUGUUAAAAGCCUCUCUUCUACUAUGUGAGGCGGUUGAUAUAGUCCUUGAUUAACUCUUGAGCCUUAGCGUGGACGUCCAAUGUCGUGUGUGUGUGUGUGAAAACCGCUAUAAUAUUUUAAAGAGCAGUGAUGAUGAUUUGUAAGCGUCUUCACCAAAUAUUUCUCUCGUGCUGAGAUCAGAAA